GUAGUUAUCUUGUGACCACCAAAGUGAAAAUAUGCGUUACUUUGUGGUCUCAUUACUACUUGCAUCCAUUUUGGGAUGUUAUGCUGAUGACUUGAAGAGUAUUGUUCGGGGCAAUGAUAAGUUUACAGUAUAUACAUAUGAGGAACUCGUGAAAAUAUCAAGCAAGAAUAAUUUUAUUUUUAGUGGAUUAUCUACCGAAAUCAUACUGUCCUUACUUGCGAAUGGGGCAAAUGGAAACUCAAGAGAACAAUUGUUAACAGGUUUAAGCUUACCCAACAACAUUGAAAAUAUAAAUAAAGCUUAUACUAAAAUAACUACUGAUCUAAAAGUAAAUGAAAAGCUUAAUUUAAGAAUGGCAAACAAAGUUUACGUACAUCAAAACUUCUCAAUUAAAGAGCAGUUUAAAGAUAUUGCUGUGAAUAAUUAUGCGGCUGAUGUAGAGAACCUAGACUUUGUAAAGAGAGAAGAGGCAGCUAACCGUAUUAACAGCUGGGUCGAAGAACAAACUAAUAACAAAAUCAAAAAUCUCAUAGAUCCAGAACAUUUAAAGAAAGAUACAGGAUUAGUCUUAGUCAAUGCCUUAUACUUCUCAGGACAAUGGAAAAAUCCUUUCCCAGAACGUGGUACUGAAGAUAGAAUAUUCCACAGCUCACCUACUAAGUCUAAAAAAAUUCCCACCAUGUAUAGCAAAUCCUAUGCCAAAUAUGCUCACAAUAAACAACUUAAAGCUAAAUUUUUGGAACUUGAAUUCAAGGAUGGAAACGUUAGUAUGACGUUUGUUUUACCCGACGAAAUCGAUGGAAUGGAAGCUGUUGAAAAAAACUUAAAACAAUACUUGGCAACACAAAAAAUGGAAUAUGCUAAAGUUGCCAUCACCCUGCCCAAAUUUAAAAUCGAGAGCAAAGUUGAGUUUAAUCCCAUCUUGCAGUCGUUGGGAGUUAACGAAAUUUUCGGAGACAAUAGUGAUUUUACGUACAUCUCCGAUAGGGAACGGCUUAAACUGGACUUUGUUGUACAAAAAGCCUUUAUUGACAUCCAUGAAAAUGGCGUCGAAGCUGCAGCAGCUACAGCAGUAGGUGUGCUUCACUUCCCGCCACUGGUUGUUCUUGAUUUACACUACAAAUUUAAUGCUGAUCACCCCUUUAUCUUUAUCCUUAGGGAAAGUAAUGGACUAAUUCUUUUUGCUGGCAGAUUUACACAAUAAUAAUAUUAUGUACACAUAAAUCGUCUUAUUUUGUUUUUAAUGUUAUAUACUAUUAACAUUUUAAACAAACAUUUAAUUUUAUACUAUCUUUCAAUUAAAUUUUAUCUUAU